UGUAAAAAUUACGGGGUUUAAAUUGUGUUGUUCAACCAGGGCAUGCUGGUUGAAAAAAACGUAUGUAGUUUAGACACUGAAAUCGAGGACGUAAUCCGUCCAUUUAUUCAAAUGAAUGACAUCAGGCGAUACGUAACAGCGUGUUUAAAUUUGAUGUGCUCUUAGGAGAUGCUUUGUUUGGCUAAUAGGUAUUUUCUGCACUUAUCUGGUACGGAGUGGCUGUUGAAUGUCAGUUGAGCCGGAAAGUAGCUCAAGUCUGUACCUUUCAAGAAAGGCUGUGCAGGAUACAAUGGAGUUUCCUGAUACCAAUACAGAUGAGCUGGUUGCGGGACAGGAAAUUGUUGAUUUGACCAAUGAGGUUUUUACGUCAUCUUUUGUGGACCUCACCAACAUGUCUGUUGAUCUCACCAACAACAGUAAUUCAGUAGUGAUUCUCAUCUGCGGUUUUGUAUUUGUGGUACCAUUACAGAUUAUAGAUGAAGAUCCAAAGUGCUGGCAAAGACAUGACCCGGAACAAUACGUCCUGAGCAGUGAUGAAGAAGAGGAGGCUGUCAUUGUUCCUGACAGUCCAGUGACCGCUGCCCAGUCACCCAGCAGAAUGGCAAGAUCUUCAGAAACCAUCAACUGUCCCAUUUGUAUGGACACAUAUGGAGAGAUAGUUGAUGGUGGAAGAACGCUUGUGUCUUCCCAGUGUGGUCACCUGUUCUGCAACAUAUGUAUAUGUGAAUCACUUGCCAUAUCACAGACAUGCCCAACCUGCAGGAAGAAUCUGAAUCAGCAACAGUGUCAUCCAAUCUACAUCUGAUCUGUAUUCCAUUGGUUUUCUUAUUUAGUGGAUUUAAAUUGUGAUUUGUCGUGUUUUAGAGCAUUUUGUCUGUCUCCCUUUUAUGUGACUUGUGCAGCUUACUUAAAACGUCUUUAAAAACAAUGACGUGUUCUUUAUCAAGUGGUCUUCCUGUGAGAGGAAUUAAAAAAAAUGUUAGUGUACAUGCUUUGUGUUUUAGAUUUAAUGAUUAAAGUAUUUAACUAUU